AUGCAUGAAAAAGUGUAUUCAAGUGUAAAGUUGAGCUACAAAUUUUUAGGCAGUGAAGAAGAUAAGUCAUUGUUAUUGCUUUGUAGCUUGUACAAAGAAGAUGAAUAUAUAAAUACUAAUGAUUUGUUGAAAUAUGGUGUGGGCAUAAGCUUGUUUGAUCAAGGGAGCAUUAAGCCAGAAGAUGCAAGAAAUAGGGUGCUUAAUCUGGUUGAGAAUCUUAGAACUUCUUCUUUGUUGUUAGAGGGCAACAGAGCUGGUUAUGUUAAAAUGCACGACGUGGUUCGUGAUGUUGCCGUGUCAAUUGCUUUGGGCGAGAAAGAAAUGUGCAGCAUUAGGAAUGUUGGUGAGCUAGAAGUACUUCAAAAGAAGAGAAAACUCGAAAGCUUGACUGCCAUUUCACUGCUAUAUUCCUAUGAUCUACGUUCUAGUAGAUUUCUAUGUCCAAAGCUCCUAUUUUUGUUUAUGAGAGGGUUGAGCGAGAUUGUCGGGUCCGCAAUCAAUAGCCAGCUUUUUGAAGCAACGGAGGAGCUUCAAGUUUUAAGAUUGGAUUUUAUAGAUCUCGGUCGAUCACUCCCUUCCUUCUACUUCAUUCAAAAUCUCCAAACGUUAAUGUUGCGUAAAUGUAGGUUGGGAGACAUAACUUGGAUUGGAGAAUUAAGAAACUUAGAAAUUUUGGACCUUUCAAGUUCUAGAUUUAGGGAAGUGCCAAAGACAUUAGGAAAGUUGACUCGUUUGCUGUCAUUAGAUUUAUAUGACUCCGAGGAUCUUAAAGUGAUUCAAACCUGGUGUUAUAUCAAACUUGGUUCGAUUAGAAGAGUUGAUCCUAGGAGGAGCAGCUUUACCAAUUGGGUGGUUGAAGAAGUGAAUGGUGAAAGGAGUAAUGCGAGUCUGGCCGAACUAAAGAACUUGCGACAACUAACCACAUUACAUUUACUUGCAAAUCCCGACAAUCUUGUGGCCGGCUUGUUUACGGAUAAAUUAGAAAGAUAUGCAUUGCAUAUAGGACCUGGUAUUUGGUGUUCGUGUAAACAUCAUCAAAGAUAUUCAAGAUUUCUUGAGCUUAAUUCUGUGCACUCCAAAAGUCACAUAGAGCAGAGUGGUCUUAAAUUUUUGAUCAAAAAGGCAGAAGAGUUGCAUAUGAAGCGUGCGAUUGAGAUUAAUGAUGUUGUUCCUGAAUUAGAUGAGGAUGGUUUUUCACAGUUGUAA